ACGCACCUUCUCGUGCUGCUUGUGAACGCACCCUCACGUGCUCUCUCUCUCUCAGCGGUAGAUUCGGAUCGGACAGACGAGCUUUCAGGAGAAUGGGGGACGACCUGGGUGACGAGUGGUGGGCACACGAGGGAAACUCAGGUGCGUCUGAGGCGGAGGCGGAGGAGGAGAAGGAGGUGAAGAAGGAGGUGAAGAAGCCACAAGCGAAACGUCCCACAGGGAAAAUCACCAAAAAGACCCAACCAGAGAAGAGGAAGAGCGUAACGGAGGAAACGGUGAAGGCCAAGAAGAAGAAGACUGAACCGACGGCGUGCGGUGCUCCUCAGAAGAGGCGCUCGGAGGACGAGGACUCCAAGCCCAAGAGGAAGAGGAAGAAGAAGACCAUCACGGACGUGUUGGCGUCCUCGGAGCCGCGGGCCGGCGCCCCGGCCGACCUGCAGGCGCUGGUGAUGCAACACUUCUCGGACAAGCUGUCGGUCAUCGAGCAGGAGGAGCUGAUGCUGCCGGACUCCUGCUUCCUGUCCAGUAACGACCUGACGCACACCGUGUCCUCCUAUCUGAAGCAGGUUUGUCCCAAGUGGUCGAAGAUCCACAAGCAGCACGCGGCCAAGAGCUCCGUGGUUCUGCUCGUGGUCUGUGGCUCCGCCCUCCGGGCCAUCGAGCUCAUCAAGCAGAUGACCGCCUUCAAGGGCGACGCCAAAGCACUCAAACUUUUUGCGAAGCACAUCAAGAUCGAGGAGCAGGUGAAGCUGCUGCAGAAGGGCGUCACGCACAUCGGAGUCGGGACGCCCGGCAGGAUCGGCACUCUGAUUGAGAACGAGGGUCUGAGCUUGCAGGCGCUGAAGUACGUGGUUCUGGACUGGAACUGGAGGGACCAGAAGCUGAGGCGCAUGGUGGACGUUCCCGAGGUCAAGCUGGACCUCUUGAAGCUGCUGCAGAGUCGCAUCCUGACCGCCUGCAAGGGAGAAAAAAUCAAAAUUGGACUAUUUUAACUAUUUUAUCGUCGAUGAGCCGAAUGGCGGCGCGAAGCUCCACGCCGAUGUUCCCGCCUCCACACCGAGGGGCGACGCCCCGUCUGUCGGCGGGACGUCCGCGUUGCCUUUGACUCGUUUCCCGAUCACACGCGUGGUGUCGUUUGUCUCGCCGUGGGUCGGCCAGCGCCGACGGGUUGAAUAAUAAACGGACUCUGACUGGAA